AUUACACAAUGUACACCUUUCAUUCCAUCUCUCUCUCAACCUAAAAAUCGCUGUCUUUCAGUCUCUCUGCGCCCCAUCACUCUCCUCUUCCCUAUAACUUGUCAUCUUCGAAUCACUCGCUCAUCCAUUUAGUCAGACAGCAAUUCAUAGCUUCAACAAUUUUCUUUUCUUUAGAAAAGAAAAAAAAAAGAAGAAAAAGAACCCCAACUAUAUCCUUAAAAAUAUUGAUGAAUUUAUGAUUUUUCAUGCAACUAAACUUAGUCAUACAACUGAUCAUAAUCUUAUGGCAUUCCCCCCGCAUGGUUUCUUGUUUCAUUCCCAAGAAGACAAUGAUCACCUUCCUUCUCCUUCUUCCCUCAAUUCUCUCCCCUCUUGCCCUCCUCACCUCUUUCCUGGUGGUGGACAUUUCUUGAUGAAGAGAUCGAUGUCGUUUUCUGGGGUGGAAAAGUGUGAAGAAGGAGUGCAUGGGGAUGACGACUUAUCGGAUGAUGGAUCGCAACUAGGGGAGAAGAAGAAGAGGCUUAACUUGGAGCAGGUCAAGGCACUGGAGAAGAGUUUUGAGUUGGGCAACAAGCUUGAACCUGAGAGAAAAAUGCAGCUGGCCAAGGCUUUAGGCUUGCAGCCGAGACAGAUUGCUAUCUGGUUUCAGAAUAGAAGAGCUCGAUGGAAGACUAAGCAGUUGGAGAAAGAUUAUGAUGUCUUGAAGAAACAGUUUGAUGCGCUUAAGGCUGAUAAUGAGGUCCUUCAAACUCAGAAUAAGAAACUUCAAGCAGAGUUAAUGGAUCUAAAAGGAAGAGACUCAAAUGACGUUAACCUCAAGAAAGAAACUGAUCAGGGUUCUUGGAGCAAUGGAAGUGAGAACAGUUGUGAUGCUAAUAACUUAGAUAUAUCAAGAACUCCAGUAGCUACAAGUCCAGUAUCUUCUCAACUUACCACUAAGCAUCUUUUCUCCACAUCUAUCAGGCCUACAAGCAUGACUCAACUGCUUCAAACCUCGUCAAGACCAUCAUCAGAUCACCUCCAAUGUCUGAAAAUUGAUAAUCAUCAUCAUCAUCAUCAAUUAAUUCAAGAAGAAAACUUCUGCAACAUGUUCAAUGGAAUGGAAGAGCAGCAAGGAUUUUGGCCAUGGCCUGAGCAGCACCAACCAUUCUCACUCAACCAAACUCAUCAAUUCUCCAACAAUUAAUUAUAACAUGCACACACAUCCGUAAAUGUGCAUGGUCUACCUACAUGCUAAAGUGAGGUGAGAUUUUAUUGAGAAAAGAAAAACUAGGAUUUUUUUUUUCACUACCCAAUUUGAGUUAUUGUUUUGGUUGCAGAUUAAUUGGUGUAUAGAAGUGAACAAAUUUAAUUUUCAGUAUCAAUUUGGCACUAAAAUUCAGUAUGGGAAAUUUGACCUCUAUGAAUGGAACAAUUUCUUCCCCAUACUUAUAUAAAUUGUUUGAACUUUGCUAUAUAUUAAUCUGCUAGGUUGGUUGGAUCAGAAGAGAAAUAGAAAAACAUUUCUUAUGCUUAAGGUACAUGUGCCAGAAAGUGGGUUUCCAGCUCUGUCAUGUAGCAUGGGCCAUGAAAUACGAAAAAGAGAAAAAAAAAUAUUUUCUUU